CUAUUGCACAUAUCGAAACUGACCUUCUUUCUCUCUCAUAUUUGGCGCACGGCAGUCUCGCGGCCCGAGUUGGCGGGCUUAGUCGCUCCGGCAGAAAAACGCGGGAAAUCAGUUCAGUGAAGUGACUCUAUAUAAGUAAAUUAAUAUUAGUGAAUUAAAAUAAAUAAUCAAACACACCAAAAUGUCACCAAAAAUUAAAGAAGAAUGCGAGAGCGAAGCCCUAAAAUCAGAUGCCGAGGGGGACCCGGAAGCCAAAGAUGGGGGCGAAGGAGCUUUAGAAGCCAAAAUGUCCCUUAUGAACGGCAUCACAGUUAUAGUGGGGUCUAUCAUCGGCAGUGGUAUCUUUGUAUCACCUACAGGAGUACUGAAGUAUACGGGAUCAGUUAACGCUAGUCUGUUAGUGUGGGUAGCUUCUGGAGUUUUUAGUAUGGUAGGAGCCUACUGCUACGCGGAACUAGGCACCAUGAUUCGGCUGAGUGGAGCUGAUUACGCGUACAUCAUGGAGACGUUUGGUCCCUUCGCAGCCUUCAUCAGGCUUUGGAUCGAGUGCAUGAUUGUGAGGCCUUGUUCACAGGCCAUAGUAGCACUAACCUUCAGCGUGUACGUGCUAAAGCCCAUCUUCCCUGAGUGUGACCCACCUGAAGACGCCACCAGGCUGCUGGCAGCCUGCUGUAUAUUGCUGCUAACCUUCGUUAACUGCUGGUCGGUCCGUGCUGCAACGAGGGUGCAGGACUGGUUUACUUACGCCAAGCUGUUGGCCCUCUUCAUCAUCAUAGCUGCAGGCAUCUACCAGCUUUGCAGAGGUGAGGUACAACAUUUCACCUUCGAGGGUACAACGAAUGAUGUCACAUCCAUAGCGCUGUCAUUCUACUCGGGACUCUUCGCUUAUAACGGAUGGAACUACCUGAACUUCAUAAUCGAAGAGUUGAAGGACCCAGUGCGGAACCUGCCGCGAGCCAUCGCCAUCUCCUGCACUCUCGUCACCGUCGUAUAUACCUUCACCAACGUCGCAUUCUACACUACACUAUCGCCUACUGAAGUGUUGGGUUCAGCAGCAGUAGCAGUAACAUUCGCAGAGCGUCUGUUCGGCUGGUUCGCGCUGUCCAUCCCGCUGUUCGUGGCAGCUUCCACCUUCGGAGCUGUUAAUGGAGUCCUACUUACAUCGUCCAGACUGUUCUACGCGGGAGCAGCUCAAGGUCAGAUGCCGGAGAUGUUGACCAUGGUGUCUUCCCGCGCCACUCCUGCUGCUGCAGUGCUGGCGGUGGCACUCCUGAGCCUCGUCUACCUCACCGUGUCGGAUAUCUAUGCGUUGAUUAACUAUGUUGGGUUUGCUACUUGGCUGAGUAUCGGUGCAGCAGUUCUGUGCUUACCCGUGCUGAGGUACACACGACCAAACCUGGAACGACCCAUCAAAGUCAACCUAUUCUUCCCUGUGAUCUACAUUAUCUGCACGAUCCUGGUGGUGGCGUUCCCUGCCUUCGCGUCUCCCGCGGAGACAGGAGUCGGCUGCCUCAUGAUCCUCACGGCUGUACCGGUCUACCUGCUGCUGCUGCAUCCCAGGACCAGGAUCAAGUGCCUCGGCUCUAUCACCAAUGUAGCAACUCUCCUGGUACAAAAGUUAACGCUAUCGGCGCGACCCAAAAUAAAGUGAACGCCCUAAUCGACAACUGCAUCCGACAACAUAUCCGACCACAUCGGUAAGGACGGUUACUCUUGUCCGUUUUACUUAUAAAACAAUAUGGAAAAACACACAAUUUUGACCAAAAUACUUUUGAGGUACUAUGAGGUAAAUACAUAAUUAUAUGUAGUUAUCUAAAAUUAUAAUAAUUACCUAUUCAAUACAAUAUCUAUCCGGACUUAGCUCUUCACUACCAUGCCCCCCUUUUUUUAAAAUUACAAUAGUUUUUUAAACAGUAAAAUGGACAAGUGUAAACGUGCUAUUUUAUAUGUAUUUAAAAUUAAAAUAAAGCUGUUAUACCAUUCACUGUAUAAUAUAAAGGCACAGGCCUAAAAAGGCCGCUUACAUAUUUGCGAUUAUUUUGACUUAAAAGAUUUUUUCAUGCGAUUAAUCGCAAAUAUGGGAGUCGUUUACUUGUUGUAUGUUUUAAAUACAAUUAAAUGUACUCAAUUACCAAAUAUGUAAGUAGUUUAUAUGUUAUAGGAUUUGUAAUUAUGACCAGUAUAUCUUAGAACUGUGACAAUCUAAAAAAAGUAAAAAGCUUCAGAAUUUUUUGCCGUCGUUGUAGGAAAGCUACCUAUCUGCCCUUUUCGCGUUUCGCAAAUGGCUGGAUACUUUCGUAUCAUAUCAAACCAAAUCUAUUUAUUAAAAAGGAGCGAUCCCUUAUCUAGGUCCGUUUUCUUCUUCGUGGCCACUAACUACCUGCCUAAUCUCAAAAUAUGACUCUUCUUCUAAUUUUUAAAAGUCUCAGUUUAAGAUAUACUGGUGCUUUCUACGUGGGCAGCUAUCGAGUGGGACAAUGAAUAGAUGUAAUAUAAUCUUUAUGGACUAGAGCCUUUUCUCAAUAACCAAAAAUGCCGUAAUUUUGCAGACACCUUUAACUACAAAAUAUUUUUUUGGUGUACUUGGCUGGCACACUGCCAUUUGUCAAAUUUAUAAGCCAAUGUUUCAAGCUUUAGUAAAAUAACUUUUGCUUUUGACAUACCCUACUUUUUGCAAUUUUGCUGUCAAUUAAUUAGCGGUAUUCAGCUAACUUUAAGAAACAUCCUUCUAAGAACGCACAGAUGUCUUGAACAACUUUGCUGGUCGGAAAUAAGCUACUAGUGACUUCAUGCUUGUCAAACCAUACGACAUAAAGUGUCAAAUGGCUGACGAAAGAGAAGCAAAUUUAUUUAACGUGAAAAAUAGAUUGGUUAUUGGGAAAGGGUGUAAAAUGUUUUAGUAGCUGCAUGGAAUCAAAAUAUAUUGUUAUAUUUGAUGGAAACUUGCUAGAUAAUCAUAUACAGCGGUGUCUAUCGUUAUAGGAUUGACAUAGCUUUAGUGCCGGAUUAUAUGGCACUUUAUGCUUAAAAGCAUGAAAUAGCAAAGUGUAUGAGUCAAAUCAUGUUUAAAUGUGUAUUUAAACCCUAAAAAGUACAUAGAGUUGUACAGAUAAUAUCAUAUUUUACAUAUACAUUUUAUAAUCAUGGAAAUGCAAUCUCAAUUAUGUUACAUUAUUUUUGAAUGAUUUAAAAUAAUUAAUAUCUUAGCCGAAAGAAUUGAAGCCACAAAAGACAUAAUAUAUCUACAUAAUUUAAGAAAAAAAAGUACUAUGCAAAUAAGUACAAGUAAAAUAAUAAUUAAUUAAAUAAUUAUUUCUUCGCGAACUUGGCUGUGCACUACCAUGCAGCGCAAAGGAUAUUUUUUAUUCUUUUAGAACAUACUCAUAUUAGUCGCAUAAGAGUAAAAAUGUUCAAUCCAUUCCAUUUUUACUGUUUUUCUUUCUACAUGUCCUUUGAGGGACCACAAUUAUCUCGAACAUUCCAUAAAAAUCUCCAUAAGUGCACCUAUACUUGUAAUGGACAAUACAAUAUAAAAGAAAUGUCUAUCUAAAAUACAAAAUAUUUAAAAAAUCGUUAGUCGUAGCUUUUGUAUGCCUGUUAAUCUUAGAAAAGUAUGUAUGUAUGCUAAAAUGUGUGGUUUAUCCUAUUAAAUACUCAGCGCCAUGAAAAAAGAUUCGAUGUCUUCUACUCUAAGAGCGCUUCCACACUUUCGGAUUGGUCGCGCGUAUACACGGUCAAAAAUUGUUACCGCGUAUACUCGUACGGGUUGUCGCGUGUAUAAGCUAGUAAAACCGGGCAGAUCACGGAGAGUUUGAAAACGCUCUUAUAUAAAUUAUAAGGACAAAAAUACAAAUGGCGUCUUUCCGGUAUUCAAGAAAAAUGAUUGUUGACACGUUUCGAAGUUUCUUAUAGAUCUGAAUAAUUGACAUUGAGCUAAUAAUUUUAUUUUUAUACCUAGGUAUAAAAAGUUAGUUUUGCUAAACAUUUCGAAUUAUUUUAUUGUUAGGACUUUCGUUUUGUAUACUUUUAUACUUUUUUUAUCGUUAAGAUAUUUAAGUUUUAGAUGUAUUUUUUACGGUUUUUAGAAAUAGAUCGACUGGACUUGAGGAAUAGAAUUUGACCCCUAAAAUAGGAAAAUUCCCCCUUUUUUGGUAAAUGUAAUUAUAACUUGAUAGUCAAUUCGUAGGAAAGCCAGUCGAUGUAUUUCUAAGUUUUGCGAGUAAUAAUAAAAAAACAAGUUUGAUUUGUCAGUCUGGCUGUGCUAAACUAAGAUCUAAGUGUUGCCAUUCCCAAAGAAACAAUUUAUUUUUAAUUUUAUUCGAAUUUUGUAGAAAUUAAUUUAGUUUUUAUUUCCUAAAGCUUUUUGUAAAAAACAUAAAGGAAUAAAAUUAGUGCAAAAAAAAACUAUAUAGAAUAUUAUGAUUAAGUUGUUUGUGUGUGAAUCGUGGACAUUAUAUAAAAUAAUAAAAUAAAAAAGAAAGCUUAUAUAUGCUUUGGAUGUCUUUUAAUUAAUGAUUUUGUAAAUAUAAAAAAAAAUGCGACAUACUCAAAACAUUCCAUUGUGAGUUUAAUGCGACUGCCAAAGGUGGUAUAUGUUAGAAUUAAUUUUAUGAAAUUAAAAAUUAUGUAAUUUGACUCUUUAUUAUUAAAUGGAUCAUGGCCUUUCUUAAAAUAUAGAUUUUUUUGAAGAAUGAAGUGCUACAUUAUCAUCGAUCACUUUCAUUUAGAAAAAAAAGUAGAAGGCAUGCCCCAUUGAAUAAAGAGUCUCUAAAUAUUCGAUUAGUAUCUGGAUUAAUUAGAAUAUGAAAUGUAAAGUUUUGUAAGCGAAUGUUAACUCUUAAAUUAAUUGCUUCAAAUGAGCCUGUAGACAUAGCAAGACCCAAGAAAAUAUGAAGAAGGGUGGACCAGUCGAUCCUAGCGCCGCUAGCGGUCACUUAGAGAAAUAACAUCACGCGCAUCGCUCAUUGAGUGUAUAAUCUCAACUAUUCCAAUCACUGUUUAAUGUCAUUAAAUAAUAUAUUCAUGAAAAUAGCUAUCGCGACUUUUCUAUUUUUAUAGAAGCUAGAAUAGGUAUACGAUGCAAAUUCCAUAAUAUCAAAACUCUUAUAAAAAUGUACAGCCAGAAUCUCAAAAACGUAGAAUACCUACGUUAUCAGUGUACCUCUGAAAUAGCAUAAUUUUCUUAAUCUAAGUUUAAUUUAAGACGCGCUCGAAUAACAAUUGCGUACAGAAAUGUUGAUGCAAUAUUCCUUGCAUUUAUUUUGCUCAUUUCUUUACUAUUUAUGUGUUUAGAUAUUAAAUGUUUUCGUCGUAGGAUAAUCAUGUAUUUGUAUAUCAAUGUUACAUGUGUGUCGAUGUUUCUGUUAAGCGCAAUGUCUUAAGGAGACGAUAUGACAAUAAUAAAUUAUUGAUGAAAGUA